GCCCCAACUCUGCCCGCCGCGCCCCGGCGCCUCGCCGCCCGCCCGCCCGCCCGCCCGGCGCCCCGGCCGGCGAGGGGCGCGCCCGCUGCAUGGCGCUGGGAUGGCGGGGGCGCCGCGCGGCCGAGGCGGCGGCGGAGGCGGAGGCGGCGCGGGCGAGUCUGGGGGCGCCGAGCGGGCGGCGGGGCCGGGCGGCCGGCGCGGGCUGCGGGCGUGCGACGAGGAGUUCGCGUGCCCCGAGCUGGAGGCGCUGUUCCGCGGCUACACGCUGCGGCUGGAGCAGGCGGCCACGCUGAAGGCGCUGGCCGUGCUCAGCCUACUGGCGGGCGCGCUGGCCCUGGCCGAGCUGCUGGGCGCGCCGGGGCCCGCGCCCGGCCUGGCCAAGGGCUCGCACCCCGUGCACUGCGUGCUCUUCCUGGCGCUGCUCGUGGUCACCAACGUCCGCUCGCUGCAGGUGCCCCAGCUGCAGCAGGUCGGCCAGCUCGCGCUGCUCUUCAGCCUCACCUUCGCGCUGCUCUGCUGUCCCUUCGCGCUCGGCGGCCCCGCCGGGGCCCACGCCGGGAGGGCAGCGGUGCCGGUGGCAGCCGACCAGGGCGUCUGGCAGCUCCUUUUGGUCACCUUCGUGUCCUAUGCCCUGCUGCCCGUGCGCAGCCUGCUGGCCAUCGGCUUCGGGCUCGUGGUGGCCGCCUCGCAUUUGCUGGUCACGGCUACCUUGGUCCCCGCCAAGCGCCCACGUCUCUGGAGGACGCUCGGUGCCAACGCCCUGCUCUUCCUUGGCGUGAACAUGUACGGGGUCUUCGUGAGGAUCCUGGCUGAGCGCUCCCAGAGGAAGGCCUUCCUGCAGGCCCGGAACUGCAUCGAGGACCGGCUGAGGCUGGAGGAUGAGAAUGAGAAGCAGGAGCGGCUGCUCAUGAGUCUCCUGCCCCGGAACGUCGCCAUGGAGAUGAAGGAGGACUUCCUGAAGCCCCCCGAGAGGAUUUUCCACAAGAUCUACAUCCAGCGGCACGACAACGUGAGCAUCCUCUUUGCAGACAUCGUGGGCUUCACGGGCUUGGCGUCGCAGUGCACGGCCCAGGAGCUGGUGAAACUCCUCAAUGAGCUCUUCGGCAAGUUUGACGAGCUGGCCACGGAGAACCACUGCCGUCGCAUCAAGAUCCUGGGAGACUGCUACUACUGCGUGUCCGGCCUCACUCAGCCCAAGACGGACCACGCCCACUGCUGCGUGGAGAUGGGCCUGGACAUGAUCGACACCAUCACGUCCGUGGCCGAGGCCACUGAGGUGGACCUGAACAUGCGUGUGGGGCUGCACACCGGCAGGGUCCUCUGCGGGGUCCUGGGCCUGCGCAAGUGGCAGUACGACGUGUGGUCCAACGACGUGACCCUGGCGAACGUCAUGGAAGCCGCCGGCCUGCCUGGGAAGGUUCACAUCACAAAGACCACCCUGGCGUGCCUGAAUGGUGACUAUGAGGUGGAGCCGGGCCAUGGACACGAGAGGAACAGUUUUCUGAAAACUCACAACAUCGAGACCUUUUUCAUCGUGCCCUCCCAUCGGCGAAAGAUAUUUCCAGGGCUGAUUCUCUCAGAUAUAAAACCGGCCAAGAGGAUGAAGUUCAAGACCGUGUGCUACCUGCUGGUGCAGCUCAUGCACUGCCGGAAGAUGUUCAAGGCUGAGAUCCCUUUCUCCAAUGUCAUGACCUGCGAGGACGACGACAAGCGGAGGGCAUUGAGAACAGCCUCAGAAAAACUCAGAAACCGCUCGUCUUUCUCUACAAAUGUUGUCCACACCACCCCUGGGACACGCGUCAACAGGUACAUCAGCCGCCUCCUGGAAGCCCGCCAGAUGGAGCUGGAGAUGGCGGACCUGAACUUCUUCACCCUGAAGUACAAGCAGGCUGAGCGAGAGCGAAAGUAUCACCAGCUUCAGGACGAGUAUUUCACCAGCGCCGUCAUUCUGGCCCUCAUCCUGGCCGCCUUAUUCGGCCUUGUCUACCUUCUAAUAAUCCCGCAGAGCGUGGCCGUCCUCCUCCUGCUGGUGUUCUGCAUCUGCUUCCUGGUGGCCUGUGUCCUGUAUCUACACAUCACCCGGGUCCAGUGUUUUCCAGGGUGCCUGACGAUCCAGAUCCGCACCGUCCUGUGUAUCUUCAUCGUGGUCUUAAUCUACUCCGUGGCCCAAGGCUGUGUGGUGGGCUGCCUGCCUUGGGCCUGGAGCUCCAGUCCCAACGGGUCCCUGGUGAUCCUGUCGUCUGGGCGCCGGGACCGCGUGCUGCCCGCCGCGCCCUGCGAGUCUGCGCCCCACGCCCUGCUGUGUGGCCUCGUGGGCACCCUCCCGCUGGCUGUAUUCCUGCGGGUGUCCUCCUUGCCAAAAAUGAUCCUGCUUGCCGUGCUUACCACCUCCUACAUCCUCGUCCUGGAGCUCGGCGGGUACACGAAGGCCGUGGGGGGUGACGCCGUCUCGGGCCGCAGCUUUGAGCCGAUCGUGGCCAUCCUCCUGUUCUCGUGCACGCUGGCCCUGCACGCCCGGCAGGUGGACGUCAAGCUGCGGCUGGACUACCUGUGGGCCGCACAGGCAGAGGAGGAGAGGGACGACAUGGAGAGGGUGAAGCUGGACAACAAGAGGAUUCUCUUCAACCUCCUGCCGGCCCACGUCGCCCAGCACUUCCUCAUGUCCAACCCCCGCAACAUGGACCUGUACUACCAGUCGUACUCGCAGGUGGGGGUCAUGUUCGCCUCCAUCCCCAACUUCAACGACUUCUACAUCGAGCUGGAUGGCAACAACAUGGGCGUGGAGUGUCUGCGCCUCCUCAACGAGAUCAUCGCCGACUUUGACGAGCUCAUGGACAGAGACUUUUACAAGGACCUGGAGAAGAUCAAGACCAUCGGAAGCACCUACAUGGCUGCCGUGGGGCUGGCGCCCGCGGCCGGGACCAAGGCUAAGAAGUCCAUCUCCUCCCACCUCAGCACACUGGCAGAUUUUGCCAUCGAGAUGUUCGACGUCCUGGAUGAGAUCAACUACCAGUCUUACAACGACUUCGUGCUCCGUGUUGGCAUCAAUGUUGGCCCCGUGGUGGCUGGAGUGAUCGGGGCUCGCAGGCCGCAGUACGACAUCUGGGGAAAUACGGUCAACGUGGCCAGUCGGAUGGACAGCACCGGCGUCCAGGGCAGAAUCCAGGUCACGGAGGAAGUGCACAGGCUGCUGCGGCGGGGCUGCUACCGCUUCGUGUGCCGAGGCAAAGUCAGCGUCAAGGGCAAGGGCGAGAUGCUGACAUACUUCCUGGAAGGCAGGACCGACGGAAACGGCUCCCAAAACAGGUCCGUGAACUCAGAGCGGAAAAUGUGUCCUUACGGGAGAGCCGGCCUCCAGACCAGACUGGCCACGGGCCACCCCCCGGUGCCCCCUGCGGCCGGCCUCCCAGUCAGAGCCGGGCCGGGGGCUCUGCAGGGCUCGGGGCUUGCCCCCUGCCCCCCAGGCCACCACCUGCCCCCCGGAGCAGCUGGGAAGGAGGCUUAGCGGAGCCCAGGCGGGCCGCUGGGGGCACAGCGCACAAAUGCUCGGGGCGUUGGUGGCCUCGGGGCUCCCGCAGGGACCAGCCCGGCCAGCAGAGCAGGGCCGGGAACCAGUGGCCGGGCUGGGGAAGGGGGACUGUCCAGGCAUGACCAGAAGCAGCUGGGCAGUGACUCGGGUGAGGGGAGAACCCAGACUGCGCAGACGCCGAGGCUUUAGCAGUGUCUUUGUUUGCUCCGUCCUCUUCUCGGUGGCCGAGGGAGGUUGGCUGGGUGAGCUUUGGACGUCGGGACCGUCGGGACCGUCAGGACGUCCACCAGGGCCACAGGCUACAGCGAGAGCCUUGGAGGUCUGGCUGGCAGAGUGACUGGGCUGCCCAGCUCGUGUGUGCCCGGAGACGGAUUGGCAUCAGCCCAGCUGUGUGGGUCCCGUGAGGGCAGCUCCCGCCCUGGGCGGUGGCCUGCAGAGCCCAGAGUAAGAGUCAGGACUCUCUUGGCCAGAGCCAGAGCUGGGCAGGCCUUCGGUGGACGGUUUGGGAAGAACUGAGAAGCCCCUGUCCCACUGCAUGUUUGGUGGUGGCCGCUGGCUUUCGUCGAGGUUGGGUUUUUGUUAAGAGCCAGAGGCAGGUCUUCUGGAAUUCUUGGGGGACCCUGCAGCCACAUCUCUGUGACCAGCAUAGUUCCUGUUCCACCUGUGCGCUCUCCACCUGCCCUGCUGAGCAUAUCGGCUCCUGUAAAACCUGGACGUUCCCUUUUCUGCCCACGUCACUGUGUUUGUUCAAAGGAGAGAAGGUGGUCGGUGUCAUUUCUUACCUCUUCCGCCACGGCAUCUUGGGUUCCCGUACGCUGAACAACAGUGCAAGGCUUUGUUGAUUUUGAAAACAAGUGGACCUCGCAACCAUGAGAACGCUUCCUGGAUGGAAGGCGUUUCUCUGGCAGAACCAGUCCGUUGGACGUGGAGAUUUGGAGUUAGUUUAUGGCUGUCGGUACAGAUGUCCCUGCUCCGGUUUGCAGGGAAAGUGACUGCAAGUAAUUCUGUGCAAGUCUGGGAAUCUCCUAGCUAGGCAUCUCUGCGGUUGCCAUGGAGAUGAAGAAUGCGGCCAUGCUGGGAUGGGCUCCUGGGCGUGGGCAGGGAUCUGGGAGGGCCAGUGGGAAGAGACUGGCCAGAAAUAGCUGGACGUGGAGACCUCAGCUCUCGACUGCAGGGAGGAGGGCAGCUUGAAACCGGAGGGAACCUUCUGGGCAGGCAAGUCAGUAGGGGGAUGGCCAUGCAGAGACCCAAGCUCCGACAGCAGCCCGGAGGGUUCUGUGGGUUGCAGGGGAGCCCUGCUCGGCAGAGUCAGCAGGCCUGAGGGUCCCAUUCCACACCGCUCUCCCUGGGGGUCCCGACUUUUCAGAAUUGGGACAGGGGCUCACUCUGGACUGAGCCCCAUGGGGGUGGCUAGUGGCGUCCCCCGGGCUGCCUCCGUUGUGGGUGUAUGACUCGUGGCUGUGUGGGUGUAGCUGACAGGGCCGGCCACUUAGCCCAUGUGGACGGGCCAGUGACAGAGGCGGGCAGGUGGACAGUCUUUCCUCAGAUGUGCCCUGGGUGAGAGCUGAAUUUCCUCCCCCCUCCCCUUACAGACAGAGCACAAGCUGAGUCAUCUCCAGAGCCCUCUGAGCACACGGCCUGUGCAGGUGUGCACACCUGCGUCCAGCUGCGGGGCUGAGACCCUGGCCAGGGCCCUGCUGCCCACCUGCUCCCCAUGGCCGAGCUUCCAGCCCAGGGCAGGGCGGGAGGGGGGUGGACAGCACAGGGGAUCCUGACCCUGCGAAUAUGCUCUGUCACAUGGCAAAGGGGGCUUUGCAGAGGGAAUUCAGGGCUUGGGGCAGCAGCUGAGGAGAGGAUCCUGGGCCAUCUGAGUUAACUCAGUGUGACCAAUGCGACCACGUGGCCCCUUAGAAGUGGACACGGAGGCCGGGGCAGUCAGGAAGAUUCGAAGCACGAGGUCGCUGUUUAAAGAUGCGGGGCCCGCAGCCGGUCAAAGGUGAGGACGCCCCAGCCAUCAGCCGGUGAGGAAGCGGGUUGUCGAUCCCACAGCUACAGGCCUUGAAUUCACAUCACCCUGAGCGAGGUGGACCCUGAGCCCCGGGAUGAGAGCCCAGACUCGCUGUGCUGGGACCUCAGGUCCACAGAGCCACGGGACCACCCCCCCCCCACAGGAGUGUUGGCAAAGCCACGGAACGCGUGGCCAGCUGUCACCGCAGCCGCGGGAAGCCAUCGGGGCCUCGGCUGUUCUGCAACAGCGAGGUCUCCCCUUCGAUGAGCAGAGCCUCCUUCAUCAUCAGCAGUUCCAAACCCUACCUGCUUCCUGUGGGCCUAGGGGCCGUGCUCAGCCAUAAUGUUCCUUGGGGUUUGGCCAAUGACUUCCUUUUUAUUUGUGAUAAGACUGUAUGAUAUUGCCUUAUUUAUUUUUAACCUUGUACGAUAUUCAUGUACAAAUGUUAGAGCCUUCCAAGUAGGAUUCUCUCUAAAUUAUUUCUUUUAAGAUGCUCUGUAAAUAGCGCACCGGUCUGCCUAUUCCAUUCUGACCAAAAUGAAGGUAAGCCCGACACCCCGUGUGAACAGCACACUUUAGCUGAUGCGCGAGGUUCCUAGUGCAUCGCCCCUGCUAGGCCAGGCUGCUGCUGCCCUUUGGAAUGACCCCAUCCACGUGUCCCUUCGAGACCCUCGCAUGCCUCUUGUGCCUGACCUCAGUAGAUUAGAACGCAGCCCCGAACUGCCAAAUGCUUCCACGCCCCUGACCCUGGGCCAGUCCACUCCAAGGUCUGUGUCCUGCAGGGUGGACCCCACGCCCCCCAGACCCAGACACCCUGAGCCUGCCGUGUUUAUCGGACUCCAAAGCCACCAGGGCUUCCGAUACCUUCUGUCACUAGAAGCAAUAACUCUAAACUGUACAGACAGGUCUGGUCCAAAGCAGAUUGGUGAUUCAGAGACAAGCCAUGUGUACAAGUUUCCCCAAACUGAAGAGCACACUGUUGGGGGGCUGACACCCCCAAAUCCGGGCUGACGUGCAGGCUCGGACAGGAUCUGGCCAGCCUUCGGGGACACCUCGCUUUGUCUCCCCCCAUAGGAACCCUGCACCACCGUCCCAGUAGCGACCUGGAUAUAAUAUUUGAAUCCCCGCUUUAACCUGCCACGCGGGAAGGAAGGGCUGGGUUGGCCUGUCAGCCGUGUCUAGGUUUCCUCCCCAGCAAGUGGACCCGUCUCAUUUCCAGGGUGUGCCUGCCCUUCUGCAAAGCGUGUUCUGUGAUCCCCUGAGUCUCGGGGUCCUGUGGGUCCCUCCCCACGUGGCAGGCCCUGCCCGGGACACCCAUGCAUGACCCGUCAGGCAAGCACUGCCUAAGUAUGCGUGCACCGCGCGGGAAAUGCAGGUUCACACGCGUGUACCCUGCAUCCAGCAGUUCUCUUACCGGGGUACCACAGACCUGCUGUCACACGUGUCAUUCUCGAGUGUGCAGACCUAUUGGUUGUGUAUAACGAGCCCCCCCCCACGGAAACUGGCUUGCCCUGGGUUUUGUAAUGGCUUCAGUGAAAAGCAACAACAAAAAUGACCCCCAAAUCCAAACUCCACAGAGGCAAUUGGUUUCAAAAUAUUUGCUUUGGUGAAGUAAAUGAGGGGUGAGCUGUGGCCGACUGGCAGGUGGAGGACGCGACCGUAUCCCUGGGCCCGGACAUCCCCCCUCCACAGCUGCAGUUUGCUUUGAAAGUCUGUGCUAGCCGUUUCCCGUUUUCAAUCAAUACUGCCGGUUUUGUAGUGGAUGAUGAAAGACGUGCCGUUUCUUCAUACAGCCUCCUGGGUUUGCAUCUGCCUUCGCAGGACCUUAGGCUGGGGGUGGGUCUCAAUCAGAUUCAAGGUCUGCUGGGGCCUGCGCUGCCAGGCCCAGAGGUCAGCAGGCGGGACUGGGGGCCCACGCCUGGGUGUUGGGAGGCCAGUCGUGGUGGCUCGGGCCUCCACACUGAGUUUGGGAGGCAACAAGGAGAUGGGCUUUACCUGAGGGACUCUGCUGACACAGGGCCCAUUGUCCCAUGACAUGUGUCAUGAGCAAAGGCCAGGCCGGGUGCCCAAGGGUUGGCCAGGUGGGCCGUGCGGGGAAUGGAGUUGUGCGUUUCCCCAGGAUGGACUCAGGAGCUUGGGGCUGGUGUCCGAGGCCUGUGUGGGUGACCACCUCGGGAGUGCUGCCAGGCAGUUGUCCCCCAGCCCCGGGUCCCCCAAAGCAGGAGGACCUCCUUGAUUCUGUGUGGACUGACAGCCAGGAGCCACAGGCAGACCCCGUGCCUGGGAGACAGUGUGGGUGGGAGAGUAGGAUGCAGUGGGCACCCCAGUGGCCAGGGCUGGGGUAGGCAUGGCCAGCAGGGUGGCCAGUUAAGCCAGCUACGGACCAAGCUGCUGGAACCUGACCUAGAUUUCAGUCUCGGGUCAGGGGCCGUGCGGGUGCACCCCAGACAGCCGGCACACAGGGGAGCUCCUGGGGACCCCUCACCUCCAAGAAGCCACAGGAGGCUUUGGAAAGGAUUCGGGGAGUUUUUCUUUGUCUCCUGUCUGUGCACAAACUGGGGACCUGUACUGGAGACAGGUCCUGUGGUGGGAUGAGGAAAUCUGUCUUCUCCAUUGUCCAUUUCGUAAAAUUAACAAACCCAAUUUCAGGUGCCCCAUUUGGGGCUAGACCUCCCUAAACAACUUGACUUUACGGCAGUGGAACAGACAUUCGUAUUCCUUAAUUUCCCUGAAAAUAUAACACAUCUGUUCACUAAGAUAAAAAAUAACUUUUCUGCCAGAGGCCAGGCUUAAUCCAAGUUUGUGUGUGUGUGUGUUGUGUUUGCAUGGCAUGGCGUAAGCAAAAUUAAAAUCAAUUAUUUGUUCCUAGGAUUAGGAUGGAUUCAUAUAAGAAACAAAUGAACUAGAGAUACAGACAGAUGGCUACCCCCCAGGGCAUCGGGGGAAACCGCCCCUGAGUGCCCCGACCCAGCUCUAUUUCCUCUAGAAAUCCUGACCUUAAAAGGAAGAGUAAGGGCAGCAGCUUCUCGGCCAGACACAGAGGCAGCCUUGACCCCCGCCGGCGUCCACGUGGUGCCCGGGCCUCCGUCUACAAGUACUAGAGAACCACUAGAGAAUAAGAAAGUCUUCCUUCCUUCCUCCCCUCCUUCCUGGAAUCUCUCCACAGUAUCAGUACAAAGUCCAGGGAUGUCAGGGCACUGAGCUGAUCCCGUUUUCUGUUGUUUGUGUGGUCGUUUUAUUUCUGUUGUGUUUGGGGUUCCGGUGUACACUGAGGCCUGCGGAGAGUGCCGCAGGAAUUCUGGAGGGAGGAGCCGGCAGCACCCCCACCAACCCCCCCCCCCCCCCGCCUCCCUCCCAGUUACCCGGGCAGCCACUUGCAGGUCCGGCUUCAGUCUCUGGGCUGUGCCGUGGGAAGAGAAAACAAUAGACAGAUGGUCUUCGGGGGUGUGGAUCACAACUGGCUGGAAAAACACCUUGGGAAUCAGACAACUGACCCCAGUGGCAGCCCCCUGGUCUCCCGUGAUUACAGCAAGCUCAGUUUCUUCAGCCCUUGAUGGUGGCUAUCCGUGUAGAUAUAAUUUUUCAUUCCUUUGUGAAAUUCCUGCACUUCCCCUGAUUCAGUGUGUUCUACACUAAUAAACACCGGGAAAGGCUGGGUCGCUCUCCUGUAGAGUUAAACUACGUCUCUGGUGGACUCUUCAUGUCACUACAAACUAAGGGAAUGAUCAUGACUAAGACCCGUAUCUUGCUCGGCAAGUACACCUUUCCUGCGCUUCUCCCGCCCCCUUGCCUCCAAACAUUCUGCAGAGGGAGGCGUGGUUAUGCUCCGCAUGUUGUCGAUGAGGAAUCUGAGGCUCAGAGAGGUUACAGACUUGGACAAAGUCACACAGCACUGUGUGGCAGGACCAGGAUUCAACCUGUUCCAGGUCCUGGCAGGACCAGGAUUCAUCCUGUUCCCAUCCAUUCCAAGCCCCUGGUUUCCCAUUCUUUUCGGCACCUCUUAACUAACUGAAAUCGGCAAAGUUGUGUUGGUUUGGGUGGAGCCUUUAGCUCUUGCACACACAAGUAGUGGUGGUGCCUGGCCGGCUGGGUCUGAGCAGCCAAGCAGGCCCCCAGGCAGCGGGUUUGCCCCACAGCCCAUCCCUUGGAUGUGCCCAGGCACAGAGUUGUCCUCACCUGGGCCUCACGUCAGGACGGUAAAACAGUGCCUGUCUCUCCGCUAAGCCCUGCCUCUGCUUUAACAGCUGAUCCCUGGCAGAGACUUAACAGUGUUGGGCCUGAAGAAUCCCUGCCUUGUCUUGUCAUCCUUUCUAUCCUAAAACUAUGUCCUGUAGCACCACCUGCCAUCGUGUCUUAGAAAACACAGACUCUCCCUCAGUGAGGACAGUUGUCUUAUCUCCUUCUGUAAGGCCUCUCUGACAUCAGCCAGGGGGAGAACCGGGGCCCCCGGGUGCCCCCAAACUGCACACGCUUCUCCACUUACAAGGAGCCAACCCAGUCCCCAGGUCCUGGUCAGAGUCCUCCAAUGUCCUUGUCACGCUAUGGCGUGGUGUAGGCGGUCAGUGUUCCUUCCUGGGGAUCAGAGGACGCCCAACAGCAGGUUUCACUGAGAAUACGCAGAAGGCGAGACAGGGACCACCACGGAUGGUGAAGGAUUGGCAGCCACCCUGCACAGGUGUCCCCGCCUCUCCCAGGCUCUGGCUCCCGUGGUUCCUGGCAACUCAUCUUCAGAUGGGUUGGAUUCCAGAACAGCUGGCAGUCGCAUCUUGAGAACUGACGUUUAAGCAGAGAGCAAUUCCUAGACUAACCCUGAGAGAUCUGUCCACCUCUUGGGCUUGGUGAACGCGUGCAGGGCAGCCAAACAGAGAGCUGUGUCUGGGGCUCUCACUCCCUGCGGUGCGAGCAGUGGGCAGUGGGCCCACCAGCAUCCAGAACUUGUUUCUUGACUCCCACCAGCAGCCCGCACGCGAUCUCAGGCCCGGACACGAAGCACAUGUCUCAGGGGACUGUUCCCACAUUCUGGGAAUCCCGGGGAAGCCACCAGGGCCUCUUGCACAGGCCGGGGGUGCCGGCACUCCCCAGGCAUCAGCCCCAGAGAGGCACGCGGUUUUGUCUUCAUCCCUGUUGAAAGUGUGGCCGCGCGAGCCAUUUGCACUCAGCAUCGCAUGCCGUGAAAUUCCUAAUCGUGUGAAACUUACUUUUGGAUUCCGAAACACGCAGCGUGUGCAAAGGGGCAGGCCCAGACCACCACGGGUUGUCUGCCGGCAGGCUGCAGAGCGUCCCGUCACAGCAGAUCCUGGACCCUGAGCCCGUGCAGCUCCUGCACUCCUUCUGCAGUGUCUCCCCUCGGCCCGAACUCCCCCCGCCAACCUCUCAUUCACACUGAUUGCACCCCACCUUGCACAAGCGGAGAUUAUGUACCGAUUACCACCCUCUCUUAGCAGCAGAUUCCACUCUCGUUUAAGGUAAACCCAAAGCCCACUCUUGGAUUUUCUUUACUCACUGAGAAGGGUUGUGUGAACCCCUCGGCCCUCCUCUGUCCCUCCAGGGAGCACAGAGUGGGCCGGGGUGACACGUUCUCCUGCCAGUAGAGCUCACAGAGGAUGCUUCUUUAGAUGUGGAAACGAGAUGUCUGUACCAGAAGGACAACAACUCAAUAUCACUGGGUAACUUCUCAUGAUAGAUUUGUAUAAUCAAUACGGGUCUAUUUUUACGUCCACUGAACACUGUAGACUACCUACCAGUCUUUUCCAAGAUUGUUAAAUUGAGACAAGUAAUUGAAUAAUUUGUCCUAUUUUUAUUUUGAAAAAAAAAACAGUGAAUGGACUGAAAUGUUAAAUGUGAAUGUACAUUUCUUAAUUGCAACUUUUCUACUGAGUGUUUGCACUAUACUUUCUGGAAUCUUAUUUAACAAAAAUAAAGGGAAAAAAAUUGCUUGACUAAA